GACUCUGACUCAAAAAGUUGCAAAGGUUUUCUCUUAACCACAAUGUUCGCUCUGAGAUCGCGUCUGGCAACCAGGGCGGCAACGCCACGCUUUUUCUCGUCCACACUGCGUGCCAGAGGGCCAGAGGACCCGCCCAAGCCUCCUCGCUCGAUAGAUGACUCCACCUCAGCCCUGGAGUAUAAGAGAACACAGAGGAUACGCCCUCCUCCCUUACCUGCAAUGGACCUUCCACGUUCUAGGACAGCAGAGGAAGCCGUGACCAACAUUCUUUACAACACCCCUCCUCCAAGUCUCCAACCGUUCAAAAAGCAUAUUCUCAACUGUCUCGUUCAAAAUGAGCCUGGUGUGCUCUCACGUGUAUCAGGGAUCUUAGCUGGUCGCGGAUUCAACAUCGACUCCUUGGUUGUGUGCCGGACAGAAAUCCGUGAUUUGAGUCGCAUGUCUAUCGUACUCAGCGGGCAGGAUGGUGUCGUAGAGCAAGCCAGAAGGCAGCUGGAGGACCUUGUUCCUGUGUGGGCUGUCCUGGACUACACGGAUACACGCGUUAUUACCCGUGAACUGCUGCUCGUGAAGGUCUCUAUUUUAGGCCCAGAGUACCUAGAGGAGCAAUUCGUUGGCGGCCCGACGCAUGAAGUGCGCAGGGGUCAAAACAGUGCGCCCGCCUCGGGAGACCACCCUUCAAAACUCGAAAAAGAGAUGACAUUAGCUCAGAACUUCGAGCGAAGUGCUCAUCCUGAGCAAACAAGUGCAGCUGAAACUGUUGCACCCUUGCCUUUAACACCGUCUGAGGCUCUGCGUCACAAACACCAGCACUUACAUUCUAUCUCUGUACUGGCCAACCAGUUCAAUGCCAAGAUCGUGGAUGUUAGUGAAAAUAGCAUCAUCGUAGAGUUGACGGCCAAGACUAACCGUGUCGAGGCCUUCUUGAGCCUGCUCAAACCGUUUGGAAUAUUGGAGUCUGCUCGUACUGGUUUGAUGGCAAUGCCUCGCACUCCAAUUGCCAGAUCACCAGAAGACUCUGAUGAUCCUGCAGACCAGUCUGGACCGGUUGACGCAAGCCUCCUCCCCCCCGGUUAAGAAUAACCUUCAUAUGUUGACUAGUGAUAUCUCUACGGAUAUAUAGCGCAGCUUUGGAUUUCCCCGUUUUUUGGUUAUCGACAACACAGAAAGUAUGAUUGGUUUAUACAGCAGGCCGUCAUGUAAUAAAAAGGUUUCAGAGGAUAAAAAGGUACAACACCUAUACAGCCAGAGUUUCACAAUCCGUUAGUGAACCAUCAGCAAGUUACAACGAUCAUCCGUACACUACGAUACGAUAUAUAAACCACAGCUUAAGUCUACAAAAUUGGUCCGACACGGUCCCAGCGAGAAAGCGUCAUUAGUUAUUAAAGUUAUGCUACUAUGUCUGUAAUUUGGAAUUUUGAGUCUUUCCAGCUUGUCCAUGAGAUUCAAGAAUUUCAUUUAUCUUCGCAACCCAGGACGAAGAAAGUGACGCAGCCUCCGUUGCAUACGUUUGGGAUUUCGUUGAAGUUAAGACAACGAAUUCCCUCUCGCCUUUGGGCUCGGCGCUUAAAACCACACUACGUUGCUCUUUCUCCUUCUCUUUCCCCGUCCCUUUCUCCGAUGCUUUGAAUAUAAGCUCAGAUUUUAUAGAGAUUUCUCGGGGCCCAAUAUAUUGCUUUAAACAGAGCAAGCGAUUGUUAGUGAGGAGUAACUGCCGUGCCUUUGGUUUCAUGGGUGAUACAGGAAUUGGUAAUCGCAGCCUGCUUCCUCGCCGCUUGGGCGAACGUGCUUCGACUCGUGUAUUCAAUAUAAUGUUCUCUCCUGGAUGCAAAACUGAGGACCAGUCAUUAGAGAAACCGUUGCCUUGCACAGGCGUCUGGACGCGAUUUCUGCCUCGGUUCAUAACCAUGGCUUCUAGCGCUGCUCCGAGUUUCUCUAUCGGACUUCCAUCUGAGGAACUCGUCCCUGAGCCUGUCCCAGCAUCAGGUACUGGUAUGGGAACCGUCAAUGUGUGUGGUCCCCCAGUACUUGUGCACGUCUCAGUAAUCCCAUUGCUCGUUAUAGUAGCCGUAUCCCCUUCGCCUGAGCUCAUUUGCUUCGGCACCAUUAGAGUCUGAGCAUAUUGCGGCACCUCGCCUGUAGGCCCCACCUCUUCUGCAAAAUCAUGCCCAUUUACAACAUGCCCAUUCUGACCCGAGUUCUGCUUGUAAAUUUCAUACUCCGUACCUUCCCCAUCGUGUGCCCAUUGCAGCUCAUCUUCUCCCUGCAUACUGUUCCCUACUAGGGCAUCCCAGGUAGACCCAACUUCUUCCCAGUUUUGGUCGUCUCCACGAGCGAUGGGGAGGUCCUUCUUGACCAAGCCAGCUUCGGGUGGUGGUGCUGGAUCCGUCCACAGUGUGGACCAGUUGAUCGUGGCAAAGAAAGGGUGGGAACGAAGUGCUUGUCGGUCAUUCACGCUCC